UUACUGCUACAUACCCAUGCAGAAUAUGCAAAAUAAUGCGCAAAAACUUUGACUGUACUUUUGUUGAAUCGGUUGAGUUACUUAGAACUAAAGAAUGUUACGAUUAUGACGUUUCUUUAAAUAAUUGUUCUCUUAAUGGCAUAAAGGAAGAAUGUUGUUUUAACAAAAUUCCAUCAUUUCAUGUCAAUGAUAACAUUUAUUGCGAUAUUAUGCAUGAUUUAUUAGAAGGCACAGAUGGUAUGAUUGUGUUAAGUGCUACUAAUCUAACAUUUAGUCUACGUAACAAGUUGGCUGGUAUAGUAGUAAACCACGUUAUUCAAAAAAGAGGUCUGCAAAAUCGUCCAACUAAUGCAGAUAUAUUUGAAUCAGCAAAUGCCAUUGUUGCACAUUUUCCUUCAGAAAAGCUUGAAACAUGGUAUACUGCACCUACAUUUAAAAAAAGUAUAGCUAGUGGAAAGCUGACAGAAAAGCUUCGCAACACUUGGCAAAAUAUUAAAUCGGUUGGGAUUUUAAAAAGUUCAAAUGAUCAACAAUUAGUUGAAGAACACGAUAGCAGUGAUGAAGAAGCAGUACAAGAUGACCUUAAUUGGCUAAAGUUUAACAGUCAACCAUGGACUGAAGUGUGCCAUAAAUGACUUCUAAAAUUAGGUUGAAAAGUUUUCAAUCUGGUAGCAAAGAUAUUCCAAACUUUAAGCUUCUUUUGGAUUUAAAAGCAGAUGCAUUGGUAAAUAUCGAUUUUACGCAAUUGAGCAUACAAAAGAAUUAUGUAGACUGUAACAACUUUAUGUUUCAGAAAAUUCCAUUACUUGCAAAACAGUUAUUAGGCUUAGUUGCCAAAAAACAUUUAAUAAAAAUUGAGGUAGAAGAUGAGACAGCUGCUCUUUUGGCUAUUGUGCGGUUGACAUGCUGUAAACGUUCAAUACGUUUAUCUAAAGACGCAAAAAGAAAGUCUUGGACUCCAAGUGUUAAAGAAUGUGGCGAAUCAUUUCUUUUUCUAGCCAAUUCAGUUGAAGAUGCUGAGCAUUCAAUAGAAAACAUAAGAAUUCUUUAUAAUGAUCUGAAGCUCACACUUCAAUCUUUAGUUUAUUCUGUACCACCAAACAUUGCUGUUGCUGUGUACAACAACCAUAAAUGGUCAUUUCAAACGCCUUUGAAAGCCAUGGAUUUUUCUUUUAAACUGAUUCAGGUCUUGAAUAAGGAAUACAAUAUUGCGAGUUUUCCAGCUUGGAUGUUUUUACAGAAAUACAUAUAUUGUUUCAAUUGCACCGAUUUUGAUGUUUCGUGCCCGAAAGCAAGUGAAUUAGCAUCUGAGUUAAAUCUAUAAACUUCUUUCGAUACAUUUCAAUUUUAAUUUAGAUAAAAUAAAGCAUUUAUUUAAAA